AUGACACCCCAAAACCUCAUGCUCCUUCCUCUUUCAACCCCUAAAUUAUCCAUUGGAUGCCCAAUACUAGAUCACUGCUUGGGGGGUGGGAUGCCCUGCAACUCCAUAACAGAAUUGGUGGGGGAGAGUGGUUCCAGGAAGACGCAGCUUUGUCUCCAACUUACGGUACGAGCUCAGCUCCCACCCUCACAUGGCGGACUAGGGGGCUCCUCCGUCUACAUAUUCACAGAAUUUAGCUUCUCAUUUCGUCGAUUGCAACAACUAGGCAACCUUUAUCAUGCAUCAUACCCCAACUUAAUAAGGUUGGAGCCAUUGGAAGACAUAUAUGGUCGUGGUGUUCAUGAAGCUCAACAACUCAUCCAUGUCCUUGGAGACAUAGAAGCAUUUAUUGCCAUUGAUCACACCCGCCUACUUGUGAAACUCAUUGUCAUUGAUUCCAUUGUUGCAUUGUUCCAAUCACAGUAUCAGACAACACCGGCAAAUUUGAAACGGCAGUCUAAAAUGUUCUUCAACAUAUCUGGGACAUUGAAGGGUUUAGCAAAUAAGUUUGGGUUGGCGGUGGUUGUCACCAAUAAAGUGGUGGAUUUUAUUGGGCCACAUGAUGGAGUGAAUGGGGUGAGGUUGGGAAACUUGGAGUCCCUGGACACAUCAGGCAGACGGGUGAGUCCAGCUUUGGGACUCGCUUGGGCACAUUGCAUAAAUUCAAGAGUGUUCUUGGCAAGACAUGAGCAAUCUAUUGGGGUUAACAUUCGUAAUACUCCUUCAACAACUAUAUGUAGUCAAACACAUAGGACAUUUCACCUUGUAUUUGCCCCACAUCUGGCCUAUGAAUCGGCCGAAUUUGUAAUAAAAAAAGAAGGUUUAGUCGGAGUAUCACGGUAA